AUGCAAGUAGGAGAUAGCGAGUCCAACACUUUUCAAGGAGGAAGCUGGAAUUUUGGUUUCCUAGGAUGCAACUUCGGAGGAAACACAGCAAGGUCAACGUCCGAUGCUGUUACGACGGGUGAUUUAGGAUUCUUCAAUCUUCAUUCGGAGGUUGUUGUAGAAGAUGUCCGUAUUCGAGCAGUAUCGGUCGUAUCUUCGUCACGUUUUCGUUGUGCAUGUUGAAAAUGUAGAAUAGAUGAAGAAACACAAACACUUCUUCAUAGAAACUAUUCUUCAUCUACUUUAUCUCGAAAUAUGCUCUAAUCCAAAAGGCCUCCGGUCUAUUCUCGCACCACCACCGACUCCUGGCGCUCCGCCACUAGGCCAGAACGAUCUGCAGAAGAACAGAGAUGGUCAACAACCACAUGUAGCGGAGAAAGUAGAACUCUUGGACAACGCAGUCCAUAUCAUGCAAGGCGGCAAGGUCACUGUAGUUGCGAAGACCCCAAUCGCCGCUGAAAAACCCUUUAUAGUUAAGGCUUCCCCUAAUCCAUCCCUGUUGUACUAGACAUCCCUCAAACAUAUUAUGCGCCCUGAUACAAGGGAGAUACAACUGACGCCCAUUACAAUUGAGGGACUUCGUCCACAGGGAUGAAUAGGGAAGAGCUCUAAUAUAGGUUUUCAGGACGACAAAUACUACCUUUUAGUUCCAGCCGUUCUGAGAAACCACAUCGGCGUUACCUGGUCUCCAGGUACUACAGCACCUCUGAGGAUUCCGUUUUCUCGUGUCUUCGUUGCAGAACCAAAUAUGCCCAACGUGGCGCAGAAAAUCAAUGCAGCACUCUCCCACACAGGCUACGCAAUACUGACACCUGGGAUCUACCAGUUGGAAGAAUCCCUAGUAGUGUCGAAGCCAAACUCGGUCUUGAUGGGAAUAGGGUACGCGACAUUGGUUGCACCCCCUUCUAAGAGAUCACCUCUCUCGCGCAGUACGAGCAGAACUGCAUCUUCUGGAUCGUCUUUGCAUUCGAUCCAAGUCGAUCCCUGCUUGAUCGUCACAGAAUCCGCAAGAGGCAGUCGCGUAGGCCAGUUCUUGAUGCAACCCGCACCGCCGCACAGCGAUCCGAACACGGUGUACUCUGGCCUCUCUCUGGUCCAGGUGGGAGAUCAGACUAGACCUAUAUCUGCAGGACCGAGUGAUGCGGAAACACCUAUUUUUAUGGCUAAAAGUUUCAGCACCAGCACCUAGUAUAACUAUAAGUACUUUGAUAUUUAUUCCAGCACUGCGAUUGAAUCUAAACUGGAGUUCUUGUGUAGUGCUUGUGGUAUUGUCGCAUUCUUCUCGAAUGCUAUUCCAGAUGACCCGUCGCGUGAAGCCCCCACCUAGUCUCCCUGUCACCCCAUGCACCAUUCAUACCCUUUCUCUACGACCUGUUCGCACGUGUAGGCGGAGACAGCGAUAGUUCAAAGGCGUCCCCAGCGAUGGGUGCGAGAUUAUCUGAGCUAUUUGACGCACAUCACAAUGGAGAUGGAAGGACAAGUGGGAAUGCAGGAGCCCAAGGAGUUGCCUCGUCAUUGGAUGGUCUAGAAACGAUGAUAACCAUCAUGGCGAGCAAUAUAGUGUUGGACCAUGCCUGGUUAUGGCGUGCUGAUCACGACCUUGGUGGUGCAGUGCGUGGACUUGCGAAUCCGGUUCACAUUACGGCCUCAUGGUGAUUCCAAUUUCAUCUAACCUAACCAAACCUCUUUCUUGCCCACCCUCUUACUUUGACAUUGCCAUUGCGCGGCUGUAUUAAGUCCUGCUUGUUGCGGCAUUCGCUUUUGAAAGUCCUCGUUGCGCCAACAUUUUCAUCCCCUUCUGCAAGCUGACCUUCUAAUCGUCCAGGCCUCCAGGUCUACGGAAAUGACGUCACCGUCUAUGGCUUAGCGGUAGAACACCACUUGGGCGACCAAGUCUACUGGCUUGGGGAUAGAGGCAGAGUCUACUUUUUCCAGUGUGAGUUCCCAUACGACGUUCCACCAGCGUACGCGGACAGACAUGUAGGUUACCGCGUAGCACCUACCGUCCUUAGCCACGAGGCAAGAGCUCUAGGGCUUUACGCCUUUUUCCGCGACUAUCCCACACAAGUGAAGACCGCGAUUUUGACCACUGAUAAUUCGAAUGCUCUGGGGUCUGCUGAACCUCCGCUGUUGGUACCUAUCCAUUUCGAAUACGGAACAAACGACAGAACGAGUAUGGAGAUGGAAGCAGAUACAGAGGAUAGGAUCUGGAUCAUGACACCUACAUAUAAUAGAGGAAGAGAUGGAGGUCGACCGCAUGGCCAUGGGGACGAUGACAGGGGGUUUAUUGCAAGACUUCUAGAACUUCCCUCCUUUUCUAGAAGUCCGAUCAUGGAUAACUACAACAUCACAGCUCUUCUAGCCUCCACACCGCAAACACAAGAAGCCAGCUCAGAAGCGCAACCAUCUCUAGCCCAAGUUGGUCGUAACGUCCAAAUUAACGCCUGCAUUCGCUACCUAGGUGGAAAUGGGGGAAUCUUAUCUGUGGUGGACGGAUUUGGGUCUCCGGUUUUCCAUCACAAUGCAGGUCCACACUAUGUCGUACGUACGGGGGAUUUUAUUUCGUAGUCAAUUUCAGCCUCAACGGUGACACGACAGAGAAGCCGAGCGUCGUUAUCCCAAAACCGAAGAGGCCGCUGGUUGUAUAUGGAAGCGCUCCAUAGUACUAUCUUCAUCUUCCUCGCAUGAGGAGGCCUGUACGUCUACACGCAGGAUUGAGUGUUACCACGUUUACAUUCAUUCUUACUUUUUGUUCAAUUUCUGCAGUUCUUUUCCGCGGGAAUCAUCCUUCGUCCAUGCAUUUUCCAGCAGCCAUCAUUUGCGCACAAACACAUUCACAAUCAUAUGACUGCUUCACCAUAAAAAAUUCAUUUUGAUUUACAUGCAUCGCAACAGCAACAACAGUAAAAUGGGUAUCGGGAUUUUCGUAUUCCGUUGGAACCAGUGGCUUCCGCUUGUUUAUUUUGAAAGGUGCUUUAUUCUUAUUGAGUUUUUUCCAUACGUCUAGUAAGUAUAUUAUUUUUCAACAGAAGUUAGUAUAGGUCAAGUUCUUGUAUUCUUCUUCGGUACGAAGAUGAAGAUGUGACGCAUCAUGACAUCAAUAAUGUGCUGUUGUCGUGCCAUCAUAUGAUGAACGGCCAUGUCAGCUAAGAUUGUGUCCUAUCCAGAGUGAAUACUGCGUUCGCGCUCCUCCG